AUGACCUCCGAUAAAAUACAUACACAUAAGAGAAAGAAUAGUCAUCUAUUUAACGAACAAAGUACAUCUGGUUCUUCGAUUCGAACAGAUUACGACAUCAGCAUGGAUAACCUAGAAAUGGAAAAUAUGGGCCCGCCCCCAAUUGGGAGAACUACAUCAAUACCAAGUGUUCCAAUUGAACCAAGUUCCGCAAUUGAUUUAGAAAAUCAGGAUCGUACUCUAGGAAAUUUGGAAUCAUCAGAAUCAUGGGAUGAUUGGUACUUAACAAGAAAAUUUGGACAAAAUAAAAAACUACGGACAACUAUAUAUUCCAUCUUUGGAAUUAUAAUAGCAUAUAUUAUUGUAUUAUUAAUUAUAUCACUCUCAUCAAACAAAGGUGCAGACAAUGGUAACACUUCAAAUGAAGCAAAACCGAAUGAACAACAGAAUAGUGUUAAACGAGAUAAAUCUUUUGAUAUCGAAGAUGUCAUGAAAGGUAAGUUUUUGAUAGAUAAAAACAAUUUCCAUUUCAUCGACCCACCUUAUAGAUUUGAUAGUCAUGAUAUGGACCCAGGACUUUAUAUGACUACAGUAACCAAUGAUGAUGGAACUAGAUUUUUGGCAAAACAGUUGUUCAACGAAGAGUUUUUGAGAGAUUUGGGUCCUAAUAAAUUUGAAUAUCAAGACCAUGAAUAUGUAGUGGAUACUAUUAAAGUAAACUACGCAUUAGAUAAGUUAAUCUUUGCUACCGACAAAAUUGGUGAAUUUAGACAUUCCUCAAGUGCAAAUUAUUGGAUCAAGGAUGUUACGAAGGAUACGAUUAGACCAAUAUCACCAUAUUUUGACUCGGAACAACCGGUCCGUCUAUCGUAUGUCUACUUUUCUCCAGGUUAUAACUUCAUUUAUUUUGUUAUGGAUAAUAAUCUAUAUUUUCAAGAUAUAAAUGCCGAACAUGCUCCUGUAAAAGUGACAUCUGACGGCAACGAGAAUAUCAGAAACGCCAAGACCGACUGGGUAUACGAAGAAGAAGUCUUAGCAGAUGAUAGAGCUAUAUGGUGGGCGCCAGAUGACUCUAAAUUUAUAUUUGCCAAGUUCAACGACACAAAUGUUGACAGUUAUACAUUCCCAAGAUAUACUACUGACCAACAAUACCCUCCGUUAAGUGAGAUCAAAUAUCCAACUCCAAGUAGAGUCAACCCAACUAUUGAACUUUUCUUUUAUAACAUUGGUGGUAACAUGAUAUAUAAUGUUAACAUGGACCAAAAAAACAUGAAAGAAAUUAUUUUAUAUGACGCUGAAUGGAUAGGACCUGAAAAUUUCCUAUUUAAGAUAACAGAUAGAUUUUCAAAAGAGUUAUUCGUCAAAGUCUUUAACACCGAUAAGGUUGAACUUUUAAAUACUAGAAAUUACAACACAAAGGAAUUUAAGGGCUGGGUUGAAAAGACAAAAAAAGUAUUUGUCAUCCCACCAAGUGAAAAAGCUAAAAGAAUUGACUAUGGUUAUAUUGAUAUCCAUCAGGAUAACGAAGGAUACAACCAUAUGUUUUAUUAUAACUCACCAUCUGCAACCAAAGGUCAGCAAUUAACGAAGGGUGAGUGGGAAAUAACAGGUUCCGGUGUCGUUGGUUAUGAACAUGAGACAGAUACAAUUUAUUUUACAGCAAAUCAUUACCAUCCUAUGUCUCAGAAUUUGUUUGCUGUUAGGUUGGAAGGGGACCCUAUUAAUGAACUAGUUACUCUUCAAGAUCCAUCUAUGGAACACACAUUCUAUGACUAUGAGAUAAGUUCGAGUUCAAGGUAUGCAGUAAUGGAAUAUCUCGGUCCAUCUCUACCUUUUUAUGCAGCCGGUACCCUAACAAAUUUAUUCUCCUUAGAAGCAGCUCAAAGUAACGAUGUCUUAGUGUUAUCCAACAAAAUACAUAGAGAUAAUAUUGAGACCAAGUACAAUUUGCCAAUUACAAGUUUUAAAAGUAUGACUUUGGAUGAUGGUACCUCAGUGAACUAUAUUGAAAUCAAACCGGCCAAUAUGAAUGUGAAAAGAAAACAUCCUCUACUAAUUAACGUCUACGGUGGACCUGGUUCACAAACCUUCACAGCAAAAUCGGGAAUUUCAUUAGAGCAAGCGGUUGUUUCAGGUUUGGAUGCAAUUGUCCUACAAAUUGAACCAAGAGGUACCGGUGGUAAGGGAUGGAAGUUUAGAUCCUGGGCAUCAGAAGCGCUAGGCUAUUGGGAGCCUCGUGACAUAACUGAGGUUACCAAGAAAUUUAUUCACGAAAAUGGGCCACAUAUAGACAGGGAUAAAGUGGCCAUCUGGGGUUGGUCCUAUGGCGGAUUUUCAACCCUCAAAACAAUUGAAUUCGAUAAGGGGGAGACUUUUAAAUAUGCGAUUGCUGUCGCGCCAGUUACCAACUGGCUCUAUUACGACUCAAUCUACACGGAGAGAUAUAUGGGCGAUGUUGGUACGAAUAUCGAUAAGUAUAUCGAAAUAUCAAGGGUUAGUGAUAUAAGUGGGUUUGAAAAUAUGAAACGGUUCAUGCUAGUACAUGGCACGGCAGACGAUAAUGUUCAUAUUCAAAAUACAUAUAAAUUUACGGAUAGGUUAAAUAUAGCCGGCAUUAGAAACUACGAUAUGCAUAUAUUCCCCGAUUCUGAUCAUUCCAUAAGGUACCACAAUGCUCAGAAUAUUAUAUACAAAAAGUUAUAUUACUGGAUUGAAGAAGCUUUUAAUGGGUUACUGGAUAAUAUAAAUCAUUGA